CAUACAUAUACAAUGUCCUACCAGAUCGCCGGCCGUGCUAUCAAGAACGAGUACCUCGCUCUCGGUACCAUCAUCUCCACCAUCGGCAUCGCCGUGGCCUCCACUGGCGGUGACAAGGCUGCUGCCCCUGCCAGCUCUGCCCCUGUCGCUGUUAGCGAUGACAAGACUAUCACUGGCGAGACUCCCGAGGAGGAGGACUUGUGAGUUUCUAGUUUUUGCUUGGGUUUGGAUUUCAAGGUGGGUGGGGUGGGAGAAGGGUGGUUGGAGAAAAGGUGUGAUGGGCUCGCAUGUGGGCAGAAAGCCUGGGGAGGAAGUGGUCGAGGAAGGGUGGUCCGGGUGAACGGUGUGCGCGCUUUGCCUACUUGCUCAACCAGUGGUGAACGCGGUCGAGCCAGUGAGCGGUGGAGCAACCGACAACGAGCAUUUCACUCUUCUAUACUCUGUUCAACACCUGAUGGGGAGGAGGCUAUCUCCCCAACUAUCCCCCCUCCCCCCAAAUCACCUGGUUGUCCCACAAGCACAAGCUAACCCACUUCGCUAUAGCAUCCGACAGUUCGUCUCCGAGGCUGAGAAGCAGCACUAAAUGCACCAGAAACGUAUUGGUGUAGAGGAGGGAGGAAGGGAUGGUGGAAAGAUAGAAAAAAACAAUGCAUAUUGCAUCUGAAGUUAUUUGGAUGGUUUGCUUGGUCUCAUCCUCGUUCUGGAAGGUGGGGUGCGUUGGAGC